UUCGUGGGGUUAUGAGAUCGCUACGUUGUCGGGGCGCAGAAGCACCCUUUUCUAGCUGGUGUCCGGGUGUUUUUGCAAAGAAGAAAGAUAUAAAAGAAUUUGAUUUUCUAUCCACCGAGCGCUUCUGAAACAAAACUGUGGAUAUAACUGUUGCACUUUGAAUACAGACAUGAACUACUGAAACUGCUGAGGGUAAAAAGUCUUUGAACAUCUUGAGGGAAGAGCUCGGUCUCACCCCCAACCCUCUACCCCCCCCCACUAGAAGAACGCUUUGGAAUCAUGAAGCUGGUGUGGCCACUGAUGUUUGUCGUCUCACUGUUGUUGGGGAGCACUGCAGCGUUCCCAGCGACUCCGACGGACCCGCUGCCAGGAACGGGCGCCUUCCAGGUGAAGGAGACGAGCCUCACGCACCUGACAGUGCACCGCAGUACCGGCCAGGUUUUCGUGGGCGCCGUGAACCGCAUCUACAAGCUGUCGGCCAACCUGACGGAGCUGCGCUCGCACCUGACCGGGCCCCUGGAUGACAACGGCAAAUGCUACCCGCCGCCCAGCGUGCGUGCCUGCGCCCACAAGCUGGAGCCCACCGACAACGUCAAUAAGCUCCUGCUGGUCGACUACGCCGGCAACCGGCUGGUGGCGUGCGGCAGCAUCUGGCAGGGUGUGUGUCAGUUCCUCCGGCUGGACGACCUCUUCAAGCUCGGCGAGCCGCACCUGCGCAAGGAGCACUACCUGUCGGGCGCGCGCGAGCCAGACGGCAUGGCCGGCGUUGUGGUGGGCGGCGAUGACGGCGGCAGCCCCGCCCCCGCGGGCGAGCCCAAGAAGCGCAAGAAGGGCGACAGCCGCCUGUUCAUCGGCGCUGCCAUCGACGGAAAGUCGGAGUACUUCCCCACGCUGUCCAGCCGCAAGCUGGUGGAGGACGAGGAGAGCGUCAGCAUGUUCAGCCUCGUGUACCAGGACGAGUUCGUCUCCUCGCAGAUCAAGAUCCCGUCGGACACGCUGUCGCUCUACCCGGCCUUCGACAUCUACUACGUGUACGGCUUCUCCAGCCGCACGUACAUCUACUUCCUGACGCUGCAGCUGGACACACAGCUCACGCAGAUGGAUGCCACUGGCGAGAAGUUCUUCACCUCCAAGAUCGUGCGCAUGUGCGCCAACGACACGGAGUUCUACUCCUAUGUGGAGUUCCCGCUGGGUUGCACCAAGGACGGCGUGGAGUACCGCCUGGUCCAGGCCGCCUACAAGCAGCGGCCGGGCAGGCUGCUGGCGCAGGCGCUCGGCCUGGCUGAGGACGAGGACGUACUCUUCGCCGUAUUCUCCCAGGGUCAGAAAAACCGAGCCAACCCGCCCCGCGAGACCGUGCUGUGCCUCUUCACCCUGCAACAGAUCAACCUUGCCAUGCGUGAAAGGAUCAAAUCCUGUUACCGUGGCGAGGGGAAGCUGUCGCUGCCAUGGUUACUCAACAAGGAGCUGCCCUGCAUCAACACGCCCAAACAGAUCGGCGAGGAUUUCUGCGGCCUGGUGCUGAACCAGCCACUGGGUGGUCUGCAGGUCAUCGAGGGCACGCCGCUCUACGACGAGCGCGCAGACGGCAUGGCAGCCGUCGCCGCCUACACGUACGGCGAUCACUCUGUGGUGUUCGUGGGGACGCGCACGGGCCACCUCAAAAAGAUCCGAGUGGAUGGCAUUCCUCCACCUUCCCAGAAUGCCCUGCUGUAUGAGAAUGUCACGGUCGUGGAGGGGAACCCAAUUCUGCGCGACAUGGUUUUCAGUCCCGAUUACCAGUACAUCUACCUGCUGAGUGACAAACAGGUAAGCCGUCUGCCGGUGGAGAGCUGUUCUCAGUACAGAACCUGCAGGACCUGCCUGGGCUCCGGGGACCCACACUGUGGCUGGUGUGUCCUCCACAACAAGUGUUCCAGGAAGGAAGCUUGUCAGAAAUGGGAGGAGCCUCAGCACUUCAGCACGGAGCUCAAGCAGUGCAUUGACAUCACCGUCACCCCUGGCAACGUGUCGGUGACCGCUGCCUCUACUCAGUUGAGUGUGAAGGUGGCGAACGUGCCAGCCCUCUCUGCGGGCGUGACGUGUGUGUUCGAGGAGCUGAGUGAGAGUCUUGGUGAGGUACUGCCCAAAGGGCAGAUUCUGUGCAUGUCCCCUUCCCUGCGUGACCUGCCCACCCUCACACACAGCUACGGUGACAAACGAGUGGUCAAGCUGGCGCUGAAGUCCAAAGAGACGGGGCUGAAGUUCAUCACCACCGAUUUCGUCUUCUACAACUGCAGCGUCCUGCAAUCGUGUUCGUCAUGUGUAAGCAGCCCCUUCCCCUGUAACUGGUGUAAAUAUCGCCACAUCUGCACCAACAACGUGGCCGAGUGCUCCUUCCAGGAGGGUCGGGUGAGCAGCGCAGAGGGCUGCCCUCAGAUCCUGCACAGUGGCGACAUCCUGGUUCCAGCAGGCCUCGUUCGGCCAAUCACCCUGCGGGCUCGGAACCUGCCUCAGCCCCAGUCAGGUCAGAAGAACUAUGAGUGCGUGUUCAACAUCCAGGGCAAAGUUCAGCGCAUCCCAGCAGUCCGUUUCAACAGCUCCUGCAUCCAGUGCCAGAACACAUCGUACUGGUAUGAGGGGAACGAAAUGGGGGACCUCCCCGUGGACUUCUCCAUCGUCUGGGACAGCGACUUCCCCAUCGACAAACCCGCAUCCAUGAGAGCUCUCCUGUAUAAGUGUGAAGCUCAGAGGGACAGCUGUGGCCUGUGUCUGAAGGCAGACAGCAUGUUCGAGUGUGGCUGGUGUCUGUCUGAUAAGAGGUGUCUCCUGAAGCCACACUGCCCUUCACCUGAACUCAACUGGAUGCACCAGGCCCGCCGGAACGUGCGCUGCAGUCAUCCACGCAUUACUAAGAUCCAGCCUGUGACAGGUCCUAAAGAGGGGGGCACACGUGUGACGAUCGAGGGUGAGAACCUGGGGCUGCAGGUGAGGGAGAUCACUCACGUGCGAGUGGCGGGCGUGCGCUGCAACCCCGUGGGACAGGAGUAUGUCAGCGCCGAGAGGAUUGUGUGCGACAUGGAAGAGUCUCUCAUGGCGAGUCCCCCUAGCGGUUCCGUCGAGCUGUGUAUCGGCGACUGCGGUGCAGACUUCCGUGCUCAGUCCUCGCAGAUCUACACCUUCGUGGCUCCCAGCAUCGGUCAGGUGUGGCCUGAGAAAGGACCUGUGUCGGGAGGAACUCGCCUGACCGUCACCGGCCGGCACCUGGACGCUGGCAGCUCCGUCACGGUGUUCCUGGCCCAGGAGGAGUGCCGCUUCAUUAAGAGGACGUUGCGGGAGAUCGUGUGUGUGACUCCAGCCUCCAUUACGGGUGCGGGGGCCUCGUCCAUCAAGCUGUUCAUAGACAAGGCGGAGAUCAGUAGCGACCUGCGCUAUGUCUACACGGAGGACCCCACGAUCAACAGCAUGGAGCCUGGCUGGACCAUUAUCAAUGGCAGCACGUCUCUGACCGUCACAGGAACUCACCUGCUCACCAUCCAGGAGCCCAAAGUCAGGGCCAAAUAUAACGGCGUGGAGACCACUAACGUGUGUACAGUAGUGAACGACUCCACGAUGACCUGCUUAGCCCCACCCAUUCUCUACACGAAGCGGCAAGCUCCCGAAACUGGCCUCCAUCCAGAUGAGUUCGGCUUCAUCCUGGACAACGUCAGCUCCCUCCUCAUCCUCAACGGCACGCCCUUCACCUAUUAUCCCAACCCCACGUUUGACCCGCUUGGCAAUGCUGGGAUACUUGAGGUCAAGCCUGGGUCACCCAUCAUCCUGAAGGGCAAAAACCUCAUCCCUCCCGCCCCUGGCAACGCCCGCCUAAAUUACUCCGUGAUGAUUGGAGAAACGCCUUGUCUGUUAACUGUCUCAGAGUCUCAGCUGCUGUGCGAUUCACCGGACCUGACGGGAGAGCAGCGAGUCAUGAUUUUGGUCGGAGGCUUGGAGUACUCGCCAGGCAUGCUCCACAUCUACUCGGACAGCACCCUGACCCUGCCCGCCAUCAUUGGCAUCGGGGCGGGAGGCGGCGUCCUCCUGGUUGCCAUCAUUGCCGUGCUCAUCGCCUACAAGAGGAAGACGAGGGACGCGGACCGCACGCUCAAGCGCCUGCAGCUGCAGAUGGACAACCUGGAGUCCAGGGUGGCGCUUGAAUGUAAGGAAGCCUUCGCCGAACUGCAGACGGACAUCCAGGAGCUGACCAACGACAUGGACGGUGUGAAGAUCCCCUUCCUGGAAUACCGCACCUACACCAUGAGGGUUAUGUUCCCCGGCAUCGAGGAACACCCCGUCCUCAAGGAGCUAGAUUCUCCAGCUAACGUAGAGAAGGCCUUGCGUCUCUUCAGCCAGCUUUUGCACAACAAGAUGUUCCUUCUGACGUUCAUCCACACGCUGGAGGCGCAGAGGUCAUUUUCCAUGCGCGACCGCGGCAACGUGGCCUCCCUCCUAAUGGCGGCGCUGCAGGGCAGGAUGGAGUAUGCCACCGUGGUGCUCAAACAGCUCCUGGCCGACCUCAUUGAGAAGAACCUGGAGAACCGCAAUCACCCCAAACUGCUGCUCCGCCGGACCGAGUCGGUGGCAGAGAAGAUGCUCACCAACUGGUUCACCUUUCUCCUCCAUCGCUUCCUCAAGGAGUGUGCUGGUGAGCCCCUCUUCAUGCUCUACUGUGCUAUAAAGCAGCAGAUGGAGAAAGGCCCCAUAGACACCAUCACUGGAGAGGCACGCUACUCCCUCAGCGAGGACAAGCUCAUCCGCCAGCAGAUCGACUACAAGCAGCUGACUCUGAUGUGCAUACCACCGGAGGGGGAGGCAGGGACCGAGGUCCCGGUGAAGGUCCUGAACUGUGACACGGUGACGCAGGGGAAAGAUAAGCUCCUGGAUGCGGUGUAUAAAGGCAUCCCCUACUCCCAGAGACCGCAGGCUGACGACAUGGACCUGGAAUGGCGACAGGGUCGACUGACCAGGGUCAUCCUCCAGGACGAGGACGUCACCACGAAGAUCGAAAGCGACUGGAAGAGGCUGAACACGCUGGCACACUACCAGGUGACAGACGGCUCCGUGGUGGCUCUGGUUCAGAAGCAGGUGUCUGCGUAUAACAUCGCCAACUCCUUCACGUUCACGCGCUCUCUCAGCAGAUACGAAAGUUUGCUGCGCACCUCCAGUAGUCCAGACAGCCUGCGUUCUCGAGCGCCCAUGAUCACCCCUGACCAGGAGACGGGCACCAAGCUCUGGCACCUGGUGAAAAACCACGAGCACGCCGACCAGCGCGAGGGCGACCGCGGCAGCAAGAUGGUGUCUGAGAUUUACCUCACCCGUCUCCUGGCAACAAAGGGUACUCUUCAGAAGUUUGUGGACGACCUGUUUGAGACGGUGUUCAGCACGGCUCAUCGCGGUAGUGCCCUCCCUCUCGCCAUCAAGUACAUGUUUGACUUCCUGGACGAGCAGGCGGACAAGAGGCAGAUCAGCGACCCCGACGUGCGCCACACGUGGAAGAGUAACUGUCUGCCCUUGAGGUUCUGGGUGAACGUGAUCAAGAACCCCCAGUUCGUGUUCGACAUCCAUAAGAGCAGCAUCACGGACGCCUGCCUCUCCGUGGUGGCCCAGACCUUCAUGGACUCGUGCUCCACCUCGGAGCACCGCCUGGGCAAGGACUCGCCCUCCAACAAGCUGCUGUACGCUAAAGACAUCCCCAACUACAAGAACUGGGUGGAGAGGUACUACAGAGACAUCAGCAAAAUGCCCAGUAUCAGCGAUCAAGACAUGGAUGCCUAUCUGGUGGAGCAGUCUCGUCUCCAUGGUAGCGAGUUCAACACACUGAGCGCGCUCAACGAGCUCUAUUUUUACAUCAACAAGUACAAAGAGGAGAUCUUGACGGCUCUGGACAGAGACGGGUACUGCCGUAAACACAAAUUGAGACACAAACUGGAACAAGCCAUUAACCUGAUGUCAGGCAGCAGCUGAUGGUCCAGGAGGAGAAGAGA